GGGAAGGCAAGGCUCAGCAGCCCGAGGAGGACGCGGGUCCGCGCCUUUCAUGCUCCGCCCAGGCUGACGGCAGCCGGGAGGAAUGCGCUUCCGGAGGCGAUGAGGGAGCCGCGGCGGCGCUUGCAGGCCUGGACCUUCCCUCCGCUUGGCUCUGCAGAUGGUGCGGUGGGAAGGAGCGGCUCUGCGAGGCGAGGCGGGCGGGACGGCGCAGCCCUCACCCCCACGGCGGCGGCGGAGGCGCUGCUCUGAGUAAGGCCCGGCCAGGCCAGGCCCGCCCCGGAACGCCGCGAGGGGGGAAGCGGCGGCGGCGGCAGCACUGAGGAGGCGUCUCGCGGCCAGGGAGGAAGAGAACGGGAUCCCGCCCCGCCGCCAACGUCGCCGAGCCCUCGAGGGAAGGGGGGCCCUUUAUAGCAGAGCCUCGGCCAUGGCACAGGCAAAUUUCAAGUUGUUCAUCUGGUUUGGCUUAUUAAACUGCUUUAUCGUCUGUGGAUUUGCCCAGCAAGGUGGGAGCAAUUGUAUAAAAGUUAAUGCAAAAUCAUGUGCUGACUGCAUUCAAGCUGGACCAAACUGUGGAUGGUGCAAAAAUAUAAGCUUCCUUCAAGAUGGAGAAUCUACUUCAGCGCGAUGUGAUGACUUAGACGUUUUAAAAAGUAAGGGCUGCCCUCAAGAGGAAAUAGAAAAUCCCAGAGGCUCUCAAGAGAUGCUCAAAAAUAAGGAGGUAACAAAUCGUGCCAAAGGAUCUGCUGAAAGUCUCAAAGAGGAAAACAUCACUCAGAUACAACCGCAGCAAGUGGCCUUAAAGCUACGAAUAGGGGAACCACAGACCUUUUCAUUAAAAUUUAAGAGAGCAGAAGAUUACCCUAUUGAUCUGUAUUACCUUAUGGAUCUCUCCUACUCCAUGAAAGAUGACUUGGAGAAUGUAAAAAGUCUUGGAACUUCUCUGAUGAGUAAAAUGAAGAAUAUCACUUCAGAUUUUCGAAUUGGUUUCGGUUCUUUUGUGGAAAAAACUGUAAUGCCUUACAUUAGUACCACACCAGCCAAACUCAAGAACCCAUGCACAGGUGAUCUUAACUGUACAAGUCCUUUUAGCUACAAAAAUGUGCUCAGUCUUACUGGCAAUGGAACCCUAUUCAAUAAACUUGUAGGCAAACAGCACAUUUCUGGCAAUUUGGAUUCUCCUGAAGGUGGAUUUGAUGCAAUAAUGCAAGUUGCUGUUUGUGGUGAAAAAAUUGGAUGGCGAAAGGAUGUCACUCGAUUGUUGGUGUUUUCCACGGAUGCUGGAUUCCAUUUUGCUGGAGAUGGGAAACUUGGAGGAAUUGUUUUGCCAAACGAUGGACAAUGUCAUUUAGAUAACAACAUGUACACGAUGAGCCAUUAUUACGAUUAUCCCUCCAUUGCUCAUCUUGUUCAGAAACUAAGUGACAAUAAUAUACAGAUAAUUUUUGCUGUGACACAAGAAUUUCAGCCAGUUUACAAGGAGCUGAAGAAUUUGAUUCCAAAAUCUGCUGUGGGAACGCUGUCUUCAAACUCCAGUAAUGUGAUUCAACUGAUUAUCGAUGCGUACAAUUCAUUGUCUUCAGAAGUUAUUUUGGAAAACAGCAAAUUACCAAAAGAAGUGACAAUUGAAUAUAAAUCUUUUUGCAAGAACGGAGUGAAUGGUACAGGAGAUGAAGGAAGGAAGUGCUCGAACAUUUCAAUUGGAGAUGAGGUUAAGUUUGAGAUUAAAGUUACAGCCACCCAGUGUCCAGAAAAAGGGCAGAGUGAACCCAUUAGAAUCAAACCACUGGGUUUCACUGAAGAGGUAGAAAUUAAGCUGGAGUUCAUCUGUGAAUGCGAAUGUCACAAGGAAGGAAUUGCAGACAGCCCACUGUGCCAUAAUGGAACAUUUGAGUGUGGUGCUUGCAGGUGUAAAUCAGGGCGUAUUGGGAAAAACUGUGAAUGCAGCAUGGAUGAAGUUAACAGUGAAGAUAUGUCAGGCACCUGUAGAGCACAAAACAGUACAGAAAUAUGUAGCAACAAUGGAGAAUGCAUUUGUGGACAGUGCGUGUGCAAGAUAAGAGAUAACCCAAAUGAAAUAUACUCUGGCCAGUUUUGCCACUGUGAUAACUUCAACUGUGAUCGAUCUGAUGGCUUGAUUUGUGGAGGGCAUGGUGAAUGUAAAUGUCGAGAAUGCGAGUGCUGGCAAAACUACACGGGCUCUGCUUGCGAGUGUCCCCUGGAUACAACCCCAUGUGAAGCUGCUAAUGGGCAAAUCUGCAAUGGCAGAGGGACCUGUGAGUGCGGGGUCUGCAACUGCACGGAUUCCAAAUUCCAGGGACCUACGUGCGAGUUGUGUCAGACCUGUGUUGGAGUCUGUGCGGAGCACAAGGACUGUGUCCAGUGCAGAGCUUUUGGCAAAGGGGAAAAGAAAGAUAAAUGUCAAGAAGAAUGUUCACAUUUUAACAUGACACUGGUAGACCAUAGGGACAAGCUGCCACAGCCUGGUGACUUUGAUGCACAGACUCAUUGCAAAGAGAAGGAUAUUGAUGACUGCUGGUUUUACUUCACCUACUCAGUGGAAUCAAACAAACCCAUUGUCCAUGUGGUGAAAACACCAGAAUGUCCAACUGGCCCUGACAUCAUUCCCAUUGUUGCUGGUGUGGUUGCUGGAAUUGUUCUGAUUGGUCUUGCCUUAUUGCUGAUUUGGAAACUGCUCAUGAUAAUUCAUGACAGAAGAGAAUUUGCAAAAUUUGAGAAGGAAAAAAUGAAUGCAAAGUGGGAUGCGCAAGAAAAUCCAAUAUACAAGAGUCCUAUUAAUAAUUUCAAGAAUCCAAACUAUGGACGUAAAGCUGGUCUCUAAGUCUCCGGUGAAAAUCCUAUAUAUAAGAGUGCCGUGACAACUGUGGUCAAUCCGAAAUACGAGGGAAAAUGAAAAAAACUGCUUUGGAACUUCACAACACUGUAUGCAAUGUAGCAAUUUUGUAGUCACAGUAACUUAGCUUUAGGGCAAUACUGCAAUGAAUUUACUAAUUCAUUACAUGAGGUUUGUUUUCUAUGCAGAUUUUUAAAAUGUACAGUACAAUUUUAUUUUUUUGUGAAGGUUUUUGUUUUCUUUUAUGUGUGAAAUCAGUGCCAGGGGACUGACAGAAAACUUGAGACUGCAUAGCCCAUUCUGCUUAAGGUCACAUGGUGCCUUUUCAACCUUUCCCUCCUGUGACAGGAGUGAAAUGGCUGAAGCAAUCAGUAUGAGGGGCUCUGCCUAGCCAUUAAGUAUUAAUAUUAGACCAGUUUUAGCUUUACAGGUACAUCAGGGCUGCGGCUUGCAUAGUUUAUACAAGCCAGGUAAACGUAAAAAGUUCUAUUUAGAUUGUGAAUAAUGGAGUGUCUGCCUCAAGACUUACCUUAUUGGAUACAGUAAGCUGAAUGAGAUGGAAAUGUGAUGAAAAAGACAAUUUAAUAAGCUCUUAAGCAUUUUAAGUUGUCAAGAGGUUAUAAAGAGAGUAGAAGGACUAAUAGGUCUGAAACUAUAGCUUUAAUCAUGCCAUAUUUUUAUGCCAUGGCUGUACAGUAACCUAAAGUUUUUACUCUGUAAAUUCAUGUUGUGGGUUUUGGUACUGUGAAGUACCAGGACAUCAUCUAAAUGCAUAACGGCCUUAAUUUCAUUAGGUAUGUGCUUUUUGCUUUUUUAAAAAACCCUUUCUUGGUUUAAAGCCUGGUGCUUUGUCACCUUUUUGUGUAAUUGGUUGCAUUUUGGACAAGAUUACUGUCAAAACAACUUGAUUUUUCCCCUCCAGUUUUGGCUGUAAAUUUGCCUUUACCGUGUAGCUAAGAUUGCUUAACUGUCUUAACAUGACUCGGUCAGAAGAUAUGUAUAUUUGCCUCUGACCAUUCUGUCCAAUCAUAUCACGUUCUUAUUUUAAGUGCCUUUGAUUUUAACAAAUGUUCACUUUUUACAGUGCUAUUAUGGAAGUUAUUUAUUAAAUAAAAAAUUAAAUCAGA